ACCAGAUUGCCCAUCGCCAGCACAUUUGUUAAAAAAUUUGCAACAAGCCAACGAAAAUCGACCAGGAACGGUGGACAGCCAAAACCGCGCGCUCUGCGACGACCACCGUGAGAUGCACAUACGUAUGCGCACCCGUGCCGCGGAGUAGACACAGUGCCCGCGAUCCGCGAUCUGCGAUCCGCGACCCGCGAACCGCCAAUCCCCGAGAAGCCAGCUGCAGCAGAUCCCCAGAUCGCGCCGCAGAUCAGACCAUGGGCCUCGACUUCGACGCAGUGGAGUACUGCAAGGGCGUGAAGAGCCAGCAGUCCCAGCCGCCGUUCGCCUGUCCCGUCCGCGGAUGCGACCGCAGCUACAAGACCAUCAUGGGCCUGCAGUACCAUCUGAUGAAGUACGACCAUGACAACCCGCAGCCGCUCACGCCCGUGCUGACUCCCAGCCGCAAGAAGGCGCGCUCCCGCUCCGGCGGCCACCACUCGACGCCUCGUCCGCUCAAGGAGCACCCUACGCCCGGAGCAGCUGGCUCGGAAGCCAGGAACGGCUGCUCCUCGGCCGGUAUGGGCGGCGCGACCACUGGGGCGGGCGGAGGAACCGUCCGGCAGUACGCCAAUCCCGAGUCCCUGGUGGCCUACAACGAGGAGGAGGCCACGGUGACGUUCAACCUGGACGGCAAGAGCGUGCGCCUGGGCAUCGACGACGCCCUGCCGCUCGUGGAGGACGAGGAGUUUGCCGCCCUAGUGACCAGGGGGUGCAUCCUGAACGCCGACGCUCCGCCGCUGGAGGAGAAUGCGCCGUGGGCGCGCGUCCAGGUGCCAGUGGCCAGGGUGGCCGAGAUUCCGGACUACCGAGUGCCUGACGCUCCGCCGCGGCCCCUGGCCUACUACCGCUUCAUCGAGAAGUCGCUGGAGGAGCUGGACGGCGAGGUGGAGUACGACGUGGACGAGGAGGACUCCGCCUGGCUGGAGCACAUGAACGAGGAGCGCCAGCGGAUGGGCCUGAACGCCGUGGGCAUCGACACCAUGGAGCUGCUGAUGGACCGGCUGGAGAAGGAGUCGCACUUCCAGGCGGCGGCCAACGGCACGCCCACGGGCGUGGAGGUCGACGACGACGCCGUGUGCUGCAUUUGUCUGGACGGCGAGUGCCAGAACACCAACGUGAUACUCUUCUGCGACAUGUGCAACCUGGCGGUGCACCAGGACUGCUACGGGGUGCCCUACAUCCCGGAGGGCCAGUGGCUGUGCCGGCGCUGCCUGCAGUCGCCCAGCAAGCCCGUCAACUGCGUCCUCUGUCCCAAUGCCGGCGGAGCCUUCAAGCAGACGGACCACGGCCAGUGGGCGCACGUGGUGUGUGCGCUGUGGAUACCGGAGGUGCGGUUCGCCAACACCGUCUUCCUGGAACCCAUAGAUUCAAUCGAGACCAUUCCCCCUGCCCGCUGGCGACUCACCUGCUACGUCUGCAAGGAGAAGGGCCUGGGAGCCUGCAUUCAGUGCCACCGGAACAGCUGCUACGCCGCCUUCCACGUCACCUGCGCCCAGCAGGCGGGCCUCUACAUGACCAUGGACACGGUCAAGGACGGCCACAACGACUCGUCCAUGCACGUCCAGAAGUUCGCCUACUGCCACGCCCACACGCCGGCGGACGCCAAGCUGAAGAUGAACGUGCCGGACUUCGAGGACACGCGGCACAAGAUGCGGGAGGCGCGCAAGGCCCUGGCCAAGAAGCGCUCCACGGCGCCCGUGGUGCUGAUCCCCACUAUUCCGCCGGACCGUGUGCAGGAGAUCGCCACCAUGGUGACGAUGCAGCGCAAGAAGGAGUUCCUCGACCGCAUCAUCGCCUACUGGACGCUCAAGCGGCACUACCGCAACGGUGUGCCCUUGCUGCGCCGCCUCCAGAGCCAGGGCAACAACCACGGCGUGAUCCAGCGCAACGGCAUCGAAGGGUCGCCGGACACGGGCGAGCUGUACCGGCAGCUCAAGUACUGGCAGUGCCUGCGCCAGGACCUGGAGCGGGCGCGCCUGCUGUGCGAGCUGGUGCGCAAGCGGGAGAAGCUGAAGGUGGCCUUCGUGCGGAUCUCCGAGGAGGUGGUCAUGCUGCAGCUCAAUCCGCUGGAGGCGGCGCUGUCGAAGCUGCUCGACGCGCUGGAGGCGCGCGACAGCAUGGAGAUCUUCCGCGAGCCGGUGGACACCAGCGAGGUGCCCGACUACACGGACAUUGUGAAGCAGCCCAUGGACCUGGGCACGAUGCGGACGCGCCUGAAGGAGUGCCAGUACACCUCGCUGGAACAGCUGGAGGCCGACUUCGAUCUGAUGAUCCAGAACUGCCUGGCGUACAACAACAAGGACACGGUGUUCUACCGCGCCGGCAUCCGGAUGCGCGACCAGGCGGCGCCGCUAUUUGUCCAGCUGCGAAAGGAGAUGCAGCGGGAUGGGCUGCUGGAGCGAUCGCAACGCUCCCACGUCGACCACGUGGAAGCGGAGGUGGAGCACGAGCUGCGCUUGCUGCUGGCGGCGCCGGCCAGCGAAGACAUCGUCCAGAAGCUGCUCAUCCUCGCCGACAAGUCGCAGGUGCUCAAGAACCCAGGCUAUCGCACCAAGAAGAUCAAGCAGAUCCGGCUGGAGAUUACGCGGAUGCGCAAGAGUCUGCAGAAGGCGAGAUUCGCAGCACGCUACUCCUCACACGCAACCCAAUCCCAAAGCGAAGAAGAGGAUGCCGCGGGUGCUUCGCCUUCGAAAAAACGAACGCGCAAACGGUUGAACAGCAGUGCGGUUGACAUGGCACUGGCCAACGACGACGAGGAUGAGGAGGAGGACUCUGACGAGGAUUCGAUGGGCGAGGACAACGGGUCCAAAGACUUGCUCAACUCCACGCAAACUCCGCCCUGCAGUCCAAUCAAGAGUCUCAACAACAGUAGCUCUCCCGUUGGCAUCAAUCGGAGAACGGCCAUAUUGCUGACGCGAAAGUCCCAGGCUGCCCUGAAGCGACCCUCGGAACCACUGACAACGCCUGUGAAGGAGGAGCACCACAAUUCGCAGUCGUCCAACACCCAGUCCACCAGCGGCAGCUCGUCGUCUGCCCCCACGGCAGCCACAGCCGCCUCAAGUGCCACGGGCACGCCGAACCACGUCCUGGCCACUGCUCCGCCCACGGUCUCCUCCGGCUUUGCGUUGACGCAGAACAGCAGCGGUGGCGGGGGCGUGGCCGGCGGCGGGGGCGGUGGAGCGCCUGAGUCGGGAGCAGCAUCGGGAGUGUCGUCGUCGGCCGGAGCCGCUCCCGGCCACGCCAGCUUGGCCUCCACGGCCAUCGCCAUGAACAGCAAGCUGAGUGCGGGCCUGGGCGUCAAGUCGCCCAAGAGGCCGGGUCGGUAUCGCCGGCUGCCGGAGGCGAGGCACAGCGCCUCCAUGUCACCAAAGAAGUCGCCCAAUCCGGCGGUGGCCGUCAGUCAGGCGCUGCCCAUGCCGGACCCGCUGCCCUUCGAGCGCAUUCCGGACAGCUUCCGGGUGUAUCGGGCCAACAACCAGCGCGACGUGAGCGACAGCGACGAGGCACCCUCGCAGUCGAGCAGUCCGUGCAGCAGCUGCUCCGACUUCAGCAUGUCGGGCAGCUGCUCCGACUUCGACAGCGACGAGGCGAGCGACGGCGACGGCGAUGCGGACGGGGAUGCGGACGGAGACGGCGGCAGGAGUCGCAGCGAGGGCAGGGAGUCGACGUCGCAGGAGGGCACCACGGACGCCAUGGACCUGCAGCACGCGAGUCUCAACCACGGGCCGGGCAACAACGGCAACAUGGCCAUCAGCAGCAGCAGCGAGGGGAGUGGAGGCAGCUCCAGCGACGACGACGAGGACGAGGAGCGGCCGCUGAGUAUGCGGCAGAACAAGACGCUAAAGCUGGGCCCGCGUGGCACACCCACACCGACGACGAUGGCACGGGCCGCCUCUUUGGCGGCGUCCCGCGGACGCGGCAAGCGGCGCAGCAACCUCAGCGAGUCCACCAGUUCGACGGCCACGCCCCCGCCUCUGCUCCGGCGGGCGGGAAAGCUGCGCUCUGCCACGCCCAACGCCUCGCCGCUGGUGAACAGCAUCAAGGCGAGGCGGAACACCACGGCGGUGGCCAGCAGCAUGGCCACGAACAACAAUCGCAGCAAGCAUGGCGAGGAGGGCGUCUCCUCGGAGCGGCACAACCACCACUCGGCCGGCCAGAAGCCGACGCUGGAGCCGCUGCAGCUGGUGUGGGCCAAGUGCCGCGGCUACCCCUGGUACCCUGCCCUCAUCCUCGACCCCAAGACGCCCAAGGGGUUCGUCUACAACGGAGUGCCGCUGCCCGCCCCGCCCACCGACGUCCUGGCGCUGCGCAAGAACUGCCUGGACGAGAUCGUGUUCCUGGUGCUCUUCUUCGACGUGAAGCGCACCUGGCAGUGGCUGCCGGCCAACAAGCUGGACAUCCUCGGGAUCGACAAGCAGCUGGACCAGCAGAAGCUGGUGGAGUCGCGCAAGCCGGCGGAGCGGAAGGCUGUGAAGAAGGCGUACCAGGACGCGCUCCACUACCAGAGCCAGGUCUCCGACUUGGAGGGCCAAGGCCCCGACCCGAUCAUGUGAAAGCUGAUGGCCCGACUGCAUCUGUAGGCACCUCUCGAAAAGCUCUAGCCAUGUAGUUAGCUCCUGCUCCCGCCCAGGGGAUUGCUCGUAUUUUUAUAUCUCGUUUGUUGUUACCCGAUACUCGAUGCCCGAUGCUCGAUACUCGAUGCUCUAUGCUCGAUACUCGAUACUCGAAGAUGACGAAGUUGAACAAGGCCCUCCAUUAGAGUAUUUCGUUGGCGAAUAUCCAAUUUGCACUGCAAGUGUCUUUGAUUUACGUUUGUUGCCCAGCCCCUAUACCAUUAUGUACAGUUUUUGUAAUCACACCGUUAGCGAAUUCGUUGGAGGAUCCUAUUUUUGUACAUUAUUUGGCUUUUGUGAGUGCGAUUAUGAAAUGUUAAGCAGAUCCCACGAUCGGUUCGAAUCACAACAACAUGGAAUUUAUAACCUCAAGACGAUUCACGCGAAAUCAAAUCAAUGUUUAAGUUAAAUAGUUUUAAGCCAUCCUACAGUUAAGCCCAAAAACAACAACAAUACUAACACAGAACCACAAAAACAAAGCCAGCAGGCGCCUCAAGUUAAAAGUCGUGUAAAAACUUAACCGGUAACCGAUAGAGGAUAGAUGAUAGAGGAUAGAAGACGAUUAUAAACAUUUACAAAUAGCAUUACAAAUUGUAUAGAUAUGUGUGUGUGUGUGCGCGUGAGUCUCUACAUAAAUCGAUAUAUCUCUAUAUGCAUAUAGUGUACGUCUUGAUUUCCAUUUGAACAAAUAAUAUAUUUGAUUAUUAUGAUGUAUUAAAAAGAUGAGGAUUAUUAUUAUUAUAAUUACUGUGUGUAAUUAAUGCAAAACUUUCGUAUGCCUAAGUGGAAAGCGUAGACAAUUAAGUAUUGAAGUAGUUGGCUCCAAUUCCCCGAACCCCUAAACCAACCACCCCCCACCCCAAACUCAGCCCGACACCACCACCUUUGCCCUUAACAAGAUUGAAUAUUGUUUAAAUCUAAUGGUAAAUUAAAUGCAGAAAAAUAAAUGUUUUAAACAAA